AUGUUUGGAAUGCGAUUGAUUCUAGCUUUGCCCAGCAGAAUGGGUGAUGAUUGUCGCAAAUGUGGUUCAAUGGCUGCUCUCGGUGUUAUCUCGCAUGCCCUGCUCUAUCCUGUUCCAAUUGACUUCCCAAAGCUUAUCAGUAACACCGAGCACAGCGAUAUUACUUGGUCUCAAUCCAUGAAGUCUGCGACGAAUAUGGAGCAACCACAGAGAAAAGUGCUCCGCUCAAUUCGGCGAGUCUCAACGGCGUGGAUAAGACUCGAGAUAUUUGGCCGAGUUUUCACCAUUUGA